AUGGCACACUACUCCCAGCCUUAUAUUAAUUGGAACAACAAGAUUCAGCCGCUGGUACGGCCUAUCAUUCCCGAGACCCCAGAGUUAUCUCCCCUUAAGACUCUCGCAGCAAAAGUCCAGGAUAGUUCCCGUCACCCUUGGGGUGUGAUUGACUACCACUUAUACCUGGCAGCUAUUGAAAGAGGUCGAGAUGUACUGACUCGCCUCGAAGAAGCUUUACUCCUAGACGCAGGCGGCUUCCGCAAAGUUAGCCUGGACGACUUAUUAGACGCAGAUGUAUUUUCUCGGUCGCCCAUUGAGACAAAUAUUAUUGUCUUUGUCAAUAUGCCUUGGUUACCAUUGUCUACUCUAACUCCUCUCACUGAACAGAAACUUGUCUUGGGUUUUGAUCUCCAGCGCCGACACAUCCUGGGAUACUUCUUUGAAUCGGCACCAGACAACCUUACCGAUAUAGGGUAUAUAUGGGACAACGGCCAGGAAGUUAUUGAUAUCCAUAUCGACCGAUUUUUAGAGAUGUAUACCUAUAUGGUAAAAGAAUAUAUUGAAGUUAUAGGUAUCGGUAUGUUCCGAUAUUUUCGCGAAAGCCAAUAUGAGCUGCCAACGGGAAUGGAUCUCACAGUAACGAUCCAGAUCGCACAAUUUCUCAAUGACUUCGCUGAUUUAUUAUGGGGACAGAAAAGUACAGAGUUCCGAGAAAUGUACAGUGAUCAUGAAGAGCAGCUCCGAACACUGCUAUCCAAGGCAUCCUGGGAAUCCUGGUUUGCAGUACAAAACGGAUUAACUAUUCAACAGUACCGAGAAAAGAGGAUUAACCAAAUGAAACUUGAACAGCUUGUGCUGUAUAAUUUAUUAUUCGACCAUCCUUACGUCUCAAGCGCCCCGUCUCCGCAGCCCUCGUCAUGA